CUUCUACUAUACUACAAGGCCCGGAUCAUGGAUUGUCUAAGCAGCACAUACAGGCUUGAGCAAUAUUCUGAUGCUAGAAUUCAGCAGGUCGUUAAUGUGUGUUGCGAUCCUAGCCGAACGUGUCUAUCUAGCAACGGCAAUUCUAAGGUCGUUCGAGCCGGCAACAUCGCAAUCAAAUUCGGCAGGGUUACUAACGAAGAGGUUGCUGGCCAGCUUCACGCCCGAGAGUUACUCGAUCCGGCAAUUGUUAGAGUGCCACAGAUUUACUCAUACUUUUCCUUCAACGGCGAAGACUACGUUGUUAUGGAGUUUGUGGAUGGCGCCAAGCAAGAGACCAUUGAGGACGAUGAGACUGUUGUUAAGGUCGGCCGCAUCGUGAGUCACUUGCACACCUUUACCAGAUAUGCACCGGGUCCAGUGAAUAUGGGCAGGUGCAUGGGGCCGCUAUGGUCGGAGGAUGAGCGGAUGUCCUUUACUAGCACCCAGAGCCUUGAGACAUAUGUCAACUCACGCUUAGUACGACAGACUGGCAUGUUUUCUAUAUCCGAUACGCCGAUGGUGUUUACACACGGAGACAUUGCACCACGCAACCUACUCUUCGCAGUCUCCGGUAUAUGGUUACUGGACUGGGAAUUCGCUGGCUACUUUCCGCGUUCUGCGGAGAUUGCUACGUUUCGCCUUGACGCGGGAAAACGCGCCUCAGAUGUACCGUUUUACGACCGUCUCGAGGCCACGAUCCUGCAGAGGAACCCACUAACCUUGGCUGAGUCGGCGCAGGUUGCAUGUUGGCAGGAACUUGCUCUGAAUCAUCUUCGAUUCUAUUUUCCUACAGAUCAAGAAAAAGCAGCUGUGAAAAAGCGUCGUAGGAAGCUCAAUGGCAUUCUGGCCCAACCAUAGCUGUUUCGCCGCGCUGAGCGCGACGUGUUGUCCGAACAACUUCUUACUCUGACUCAUCCUCCGCCUCGUCCAGCUCCCUUGCCCUUUGCGACGUGAGUGCAAUUGUUGCGCCAUAAUUGACCGAAUGGUCGACAAUCUCCAUUCCCCUAUAGUUCGCUGCUGAACUAGCUG